UUCUUCCAUAACAAUGUAAUUUUCAAAAUAAAUGCGCCAUAAUGGAUAUAAAUAGCCAGUUUGAAAAAAAAAGUCGCAAUGAUUUAGGAUUCGACUUUCUGUAUGCCAUGAUAAAACGUGUUUUACAAUAAAUUAAAAGUUUUUUCUGGCCAUUGAAGUCUGGCCAUUACAACAAUGCUAUUUUCAACAUAAAUGCGCCAUUCUGGAUCCAGUUGUUCUGACACCAUCUUUGUUUGGAGAGGAGGCAGACAGCUGGAUGAGCCAGAGGUUCUCACAGACAAGCUGGCGCCAGGCUUUCACACAAUCACAGGAUAUGUAAAGACCUCAAUAACGAGCCAUUAGGCCUAAUGAUUGAGAAUCCAUCAGGCGUUAACUCUUCCAUGCAUAUGUUAAUGAAGUCCUGGGACGGGCUAUAUAUUGGGAGCCGCUUCUGGAGGCCUGACCAACAGACUUGGAUUGUACUCGGGUAAAUGCACGACUUCCCCCGCAAUCAUGGUGAAGAACUUUUCUGUGGAAUGGCUCGCCCAAAGCGUUCACGAUUGUACACCUAAAGACCUCCUGGAGCCAAAGAAGGAGCCAUGCAGGCCUCAUGUACCUUGUUUGGUUCAACCGAGGCCUCCAACUUCCUACGACAAGGUUUACUUGCAGCCUAAACCAAAGAUCUCCAAAGUUGAGCAGAAACUAGAGGCCACCAGCGUGCCAAAGGAGAAAGAAGUGACCAUCUCAGCUACACCCAGAAACUGUUCAUCUCCAAGCUUUUCAGAGAACAGCGGGUACUCUUCAGGUUAUGAGAGCGAAGCGGCCGCGUCUGAAUGCGCAUCUGUUGAAGAUGGACCUGAGAUGGAACAGGAAGGUGUCCUGCGCAGAAUCAGAACCAAAUUCACACCUGAACAGAUCGACAAGCUGGAAAAAAUCUUUCAUAAGCAUAAAUACCUGGACGUAGGAGAACGAGUCAAAAUCGCCCUAAAGCUCAAUCUCUCUGAAACACAGGUCAGAACUUGGUUCCAGAACCGUCGCAUGAAGCUGAAACGCGAAAUGCAGGAGAUGCGCGCCGAUUAUCUUGUUCCAGCUCUGCAUCCUGUGCUUUUACCGCCCAUCCACCCGGUUCAGUACCACUGCUUCGACAGACAGCGACUUCCGUUUCCUCCUCAAGGGCUCAAUGGACCACUGAUGCAUCAGAUGCCACCUCAACAGAUGCCCAGCGCUCAGCACAUGAUGCCACAUCAGCAGAUGCCCAGCGCUCAACACAUGAUGCCACAUCAACAGAUGCCCAGCGCUCAACACAUGAUGCCACAUCAACAGAUGCCCAGCGCUCAGCACAUGAUGCCACAUCAACAGAUGCCCAGCGCUCAGCACAUGAUGCCACAUCAACAGAUGCCCAGCGCUCAACACAUGAUGCCACAUCAACAGAUGCCCAGCGCUCAGCACAUGAUGCCACAUCAACAGAUGCCCAGCGCUCAACACAUGAUGCCACAUCAAGUUCCUCAACAUCACAUCAUGAUGCCCACGCAACAUUACUACUGAAGACUCACCCAAAGACUCCUUCCAUUAUAACA